UCUGCCAUUAUAUUUUUCCAUUUACCAUUUCUAUGGAUUUUGUUGUAGAAAAGGCCUCAUUCCACAGGGAACAGUGAGCUUUACACAGAAGUGGUUUUGUGACAUUGCUUUCUAUCGACAUAAAAUACAGCUUCAGUCUUUCCUGAGGACCAUUUAUUUUUAUUAGAAUGGAAAGGAAAUAUGGAGUUAUAGAUCCUGAAAUUUCUAUUUAAAGUCCCAUUAUAGUUUAGUGUUAAAUAGCAUAACAGCUUGAUUUCUCCCUCCUCUCAUUAAGUGUUGAACAGCUGAGAUAAAAAUUAGAAUAUAUUAAACACUUCCACUUCACAGUUUAAAACACUGGUCAGUGCCUGCCAAUAACAAGAAAUAAAAGAAAUAUAUAUAAGUAAUAAUAAAAGAGAUAAAAAUUAAAGAGCUGUUUCUAAAUGAAGACCCAUAUUCUGUUCUUCUUGCCACCUACUAAAAAGCUACUCAAGCAGUGUGCUGCCAGCUCUGCUGUGUGGUCAGAAUGCAUUUGCAGAAAAUAUAUGUUUUUUCUUACUCAGCAGUUCAAACAAUUUUUGAAAAUAUCAGACAACUGUGCAGAAAAAUACUCAAGGUGAUAACCAGGAUUUUCAUAGUUGAGUUGUUUCCAUUUCCUCUCUACCUCAAGACGAGUGUUGUGUCAAUCAUAUCCGUGUGUAGCAAGAAAAACAACCAGUGUUUAGCUGAGUCAGCUGUGUCUGUGACUUGCUUUCAAAUAGCAAGGGCUUGGAUUCUUAAUUAUGGAUGGGGAGAUUAAUUUGAACAGACCUCAAAUAUCCAGUGACCCUCAAAUCCAUUGUUUUGAGCACAGAUACACAUGGGAGUGCUAAUAUUAAACCUACAAUCGUACUUCAACAAAAACUUCAAGAGUGACUUCAGCUGAAGAAAUAUUAGAGGAAAGAAAAGGUUUCAUUUCUGAAUCAUUUCUGAGUAAGACCUAAUGCAAAAUUUUCAAUUCUUGUUUUAACUGUGGCACAGCUGCAAUAAAUGCAUUAUUUCUACAAAUAUACUGCAAUGCACACAAAGCUUGGGAACAUGAGCAAUCAAUUAAAUCAGUGCAAAAAUUAAUUUCAGUGGUCUGUGUUAAAGCACUGGUUUAUUUAAACCACUAGCAUUCCUCCCACACUUGCACAAGUGUUUACCAACACUGGAAAAGUCUCAGAAUCUUUAGUUACAGUUCAGCAAACAUCUGCUUAUGAAAAAGGACUAACUACCUAAGACAAUACUUCUCCCCCCUUCCAAAAUUCUAUCAGCUUCUUCAUAAAGGCUUACUGAAUUAAUCUUUGCUACUCUGUAUUUUUCUUCUACUCCUUUUUUCCAGCUGUAAAAACUUUUAGAACUAGUACUACAUUCCAAACAGAUCAUAUCAGUUGUUUCAGAGUGCAUGGAACUAAUAGACUUACAUCUCCCCUCUGGAAGAAUAUCUAAUGAAAUACCUAAUAUUUUACUGCACUCAAGCAAUACUCUUCAUAUUUAUAUGUAUAAAGCAGCUCUCAUGUCCCAAAGAAAAUAAAAAUUCUCACUCUGGAAAUUAAUUAAGCAACUAUAGACCUUAAAUCUUGCCUUAUUCCUUACAAAUUCUUUCUUCAUUGGACCACCCUGUACUUAGAUAUUUUUUUUUCCUAAAAAAGAAAAAAGCCAACACAAAUGAAAAAUAACUAUGAGAACACUGUUAUGUCAUUGCCCUGCUCAGAAUCAUAAGAAGUGUUUAAAUGACUGGUCAAGCAGAAAAAUUAACAGAUAAAAAUCUUGAUUGACACAGGACUAUGAAGGACUGUAGGACUUUAAAAGUAAACAGUUGCAGUGGUGCAACUUAUUUAAAGUUGUAGAAAGCUCUCUUUCCUGUAUUAGAACCUCCUUCAGCCCCAGCAGUCAGCAAAAGUUAAUUCUGCAAGUUGUGUUAGGGGAAGAAAUGGAUGGUGGAAUCAAUCUUUUAAAUAAAGAGAAUCCAGGCAUUUUUGUGUGUCUCAGCACAGGACAAUUUAAAUGACAGACACAGGUCAUGGCUUUGAACCUCAUUCAGCCACCACCCAACUCAAGGGAUUUCUUCAGAGAUUUUUAUUUUUUUCCCUAAGGUCUCACAAUUACCAGCUCUCUUGAGAUAAUAUAGUGGCUUUCUAUUCUUAGCUUAUUUCUCCCCUCCCUCUCUCUCUCAAGCACACACACACACAACACACACACACACACACACACACACACUUCCUACUCAAAACAAGACCCAGUGAAACCCUCUGCCCACAUAGUUAUAAUUCCCAAGAGAACUUGCAUAUGCUUUUGUUUUGGGCAGUGACAAUGUGCAUAUGUUUUGAUUCCAGGCCCCCCCCCCAUUGGCUCCCAGGCUCCACUCUAAUGAAGACAGACCAGCUAUUAAACUCACCAGUUUCAGCAAGCUAUAAUCCAUCUUCUAGAGUUCCUCUGACCUUGCAAGUUGGAGUGAGAUUUUCUAACAUGUUGCUUGUUAAAGGAUAUUACCAAGUAAAUGUUUUGGAUUAGCAAAUACACAUAUUUUCCUGUUGGUGUUUAGUUUGAAAAGUGUACAGUGCUUGGACUCUUUCAUAGCAAGCCUGAGAUAAAGAUCAAGAGCAGUAAAUCAGAUAAGUGCUGUGAAGAGGAACAGCAAAGUUACCCCUGAGCUUAAGUAAGAAAAAGUCCAAGAACAGUGGAAAUGGACAGAUAAGUUUUUGUAGUUGUCACUCCUCACCAUUAAAGUGAAUUACAACUGCUAAAUCCAGAAUACCCACAGAGUUAUAAUAAAACUGAUUCAAUUAAUUUUCUGUUUACUUGCACAUAAACAAGUCAUGAAAAAUAUUGCUGGAUAUUUUCCAAGAAAUUUCUUUAAGCUAUUCCACUUCUUCCUAAAUACUCCAUGCCUGGGAACGGAAAAGUUUGGGGCAGUCCCAAUCAGCCAGUCUUCUAUCUUUAAUAGGUGCGUAAUCAUUUUUGCUUUAAAAGUUACAUGAGUCACAAAUCAUCCCUGUCACAUGAAGCCAGGCUCAUCACAGUUGGAAGAAAAAAGGUGCCCCAAAUGAAGUUUGCCACAGAUACCUGAAUUAUAAUACUGUUUGGAACUGAAAACCAAGAAAAUUGCACCUUCUGGAGAUCAGAUUUCAUGGAUUCGAAUUCCAGCACUGUGGUGGUGACUGGUUUUGGUCCCUUCAGACAAUACCUGGUUAAUUCUAGCUGGGAAGCAGUGAAGGAGCUGUCCAAGAGAGGCCUUGGUGAAAACAUCGAUCUCCGGAUCAUGCAGCUGCCAGCAGUUUACCAAAAAGCAAAGGAACAAGUCUGCAAGAUAUGGACAACUCUUCAGCCACUGCUUACAGUUCAUGUUGGGCUGGCUUCCUCUGCCACAGCGCUCAUCAUCCUGGAGCAGUGUGGGAAGAACAAAGGCUACCAGGAGAGGGAUGCUUGUGGUUUUCACCCAGAAGGUGCCUGCUGCGUGCUAGAUGGCCCAGAAAAGAUUGAAUCUACAAUUAAUAUGAAGAGUCUCUGGAGAAACAUCUCAGUGGAAGGGAUUGAUAUCAUCUUUUCCAGAGAUGCGGGAAGGUACAUCUGUGAUUACACCUACUACACUUCUCUGUAUUAUGGCAGUGGAAAAGCUGCUUUCAUCCACGUCCCUCCAUUAUCUGAGUCAGUAACAGCAGAAUUUCUAGGAAAAGCAUUACAGACCAUUAUCUUAGCAAUGUUAGAACAGUGUGGGGAACAAAGAGAGAUGGAUCAUAGAGGGGAAAAAUGAUGAUUUCUUAGAAUGCAAUUCCUUACCUCUUAAAUGAAGCAGUUCUAAAGAUUAUUUAAAACACACACAAAGGAUUUUAUAGCCCCUGUUAUUUUCAGUGAAAUUUCCUUGCAAAACCCAACCAACCAUUUGCAACUCAUAGAAAAGGCUUGAGGGGGAAAAAAACCUCAAAUGAUUGGCGGUUCAUAUUGCUAACAAUACAAUUGUUCAGAUUUCAGAAAGCGAAAAACUGGACUGGAAACAUUUUAGAUGCUUAAUCCUGGUUGUGUUGGUUAGAAAGACACAAAUAAAGACUUGCUGACCCCAGAUGGAUGCUCACAGCUACAAGGACUCAGCACAGGAUGGAUGUUACCAGAGGCCCCCCCCUCAGCCCCUGUGUGAGUCCAGAGUUCAGGCCACAAAAAACGUGGCUAUGGGAGAAACCAUAACACACUUGGGGAUUCUGGUUUGUCGAGUUUUAAAAUUCUGCCUUACUGACCUGCUGUAGAUUCUCCUUUCCACAUCAACAACAGGCUGUGACCCAGAAUGACUUCAGAGUACAGAGAAAACUGGAAACCAGCAGGAUCUGUAAUGCUCUUGGUAACUUGAAUUUCAACCCAAAACUGCCACUUGCCCCAAAUUCUCAGUGCCUGUCCCAAAGGAAAACCCCACAGUCCUUCCACAGCCCAAAGGCAAAUCCCACAGCUCAUCUGUCCCAAGAGAGGCAAUCCUGGAGCACUGUGCUGUGGGGAGGGUUAGGGCAUGUGAGGUUACCUACAGAACAGGAACCAAAGCAGAUCCCAAACUGUAAAACCCAGGACUCCUCCACAUCUCUAACAGCUCCAUACAGAAGUACUGGUACCACGGAGGGUCACAGCACUGCCCUUCAGCACACAGGCAAUGUCCAUGCCUGAAACUCUGCUGCCAGGACACAGGGACAAGAUUCAAUCAGUCAGUGGAACAGCACAGCAGCAGCUCAAUCUGGACACCUGGGAUUUCCUGAGGGAAACAAAAGCCUGUUCCUCAAGCACCACCAGUAAAAGGCCGAGACAAACGUAACAGCACAGGCAGCUGCUGGGGCUUUGGGCCACCACUGAGCCUUGUUUUAGUCAACAUGCUGAUGGCCAAGAGUCUGAGGAACUGGAAACGCCAAGAUAAUGCUGGUUUUCUUGGCACUGUCUUUUCCAGUGUGAAAACCAGGUGCUGGCUGGCUGUACCUCACAUGGGGAUCACUCUGCAGGUAAAUAAAUAAUUAGCAAUGCUCACCUUAUUCACCAGAACCGCCUCAUGCAAAACUGCUCAAAUCUCAGACAUGAAGGAUCCAGAAUCUCAGUGUCUCUGGAUGAAAAUGCUUUUGAUUUCUACCAAACAACGGCUGUACUGACCUCCUAUUAAGAGUAUCUCAGUUAGAUACAGCCAGAAAGGGCAGAGGAAAACCAGAGCAGCAUUACUCUGCAUUUUCUAACCUGUACUUGCUUUGCAUAAGGAGCAACAAAAUCACAAACAAGAAAAUGCAUACAGAAUUCUUUUAUUUAACUUAAAUCAUGUAGUACUGAAACUACUAGAAAAAAGCAGAGUAAGAGAAACUAAAGGAGCCUUAGCUUCAGCCAUUCAAAAUAGACAAAGUUUCUUCUUCUCAUAAUGUAAAGAAUCCCGAGUAUAUCGCAAUAACAGGAAUAAAUUCUUACAACAGAAUAUACAAAAACAUUUUGAAAUUUUUUUAUCUACUGAUUCAUUUUAAUAUAAACACAGGAAUUUCUUUAGGAAUAAUUUAUACACAGCAAGUCUUUUUAUGUAAUAAAUUGGCCAUGUUAUUUUUUAAUUUUCUCUUUAAAAAAUUUAAACAAGAAAAAUUGGAAAAUGUAUUUGCAACUGCAUCCAUUCCUUAGCACUUUCUCGUUUUUUGUCCCAGAGGUAGACAAACUCUGGCCAAUCCUUUCAUCUCAAACCUCACUGGUUCAGAAAACAGAAGAGAAAGGUGUCCCUGUCCACAGCAGAGAGGUUGGAUCUUCAAGCUUUUUAAAUAACAAUAAAUAGGGACCCUGCCUUGCUCAUUUCAACAAAGCUUCCAAUGGUGCUCAACAACUUUAGAGGCUGCACACAAGCAUUUAAAGUGAUAAGAAAUUUGUAAAUAAUUCUUCAAUAGUUAUUACCAAAACCACCUUCCCUCUUUCCCUUACGCAGUCCCAUCCUUCAAAGCCCCCGUGGUGCAGGUGCUGAGCGGCCCCGAGAGCCUGGGGAGCAGCAAACCCCGCUCUGUUUCCCCACCAGUGAGGUUCCUGUCAUCCAUGAAGGUAACUGCCCUAGACAGCAAGUGAAAUGACCAGGUAAGAUGAUCCCACCCCAACCAGAGGGCUCUGGAAGACCAGGAUACUGAAGAUACAGAACAUUUUCCCAACUCCUUAAUGCACUAUCUGUAUGCUGGGUCACAAAGCGUGGGCGGGAUGGGGGAGAGGGACAAGCCAUGAAUUGGACAAGUCGGCGAUUCCUUUUUGGCAUAUUGUAAAGCUAACUAGUAACUGGUACCAUGGAAAAACUGAUCACAGACAGACACACCCACACACAGACACAGAAAAGUGCCCUUAAAUUAUAUUUUAGGCAUUUAUAAACUACAAACAUUUUAUAAAAUUAUUCUAUGUACUUACAAAACGCAAUGAAACAUGUAAUUAGUUCUUGUAAACCAGAUCUUCGUCAACUGACUACCCGUAAUCUACUGGACUUAAAGCCCUAUUGAAAAUGCUAAUUAAUGGUUACUAAUCAACGGAACGCAUACCCAAAAAAAUAUUUAUGAGCACACACGCAUAUGCACACACACAAACUAGUGAAGUCCUAAGGUACUUGCAAAACAGGCCGACCGUAGGUGAGAGAUCUGUACAGGCUGAGGACCAACCACUGCCACCCUCCUGGUAAGGAAUUCACUGCUCCAGCUGCAAAGUCCAGAGGUUCAUUUACAAGUACCAACGAUCAGAACUGUGACACCUGAGCACUGGAUGCUGUCCCAUAUAGAUUAAGCUCAGGGUACUACCUCAAACUUUUGUCAAGCCCUGUGUCUCUGCAAAUCCCCACUGCUGCGUCCUUUGUUUUCAGGUGUCUCCCCACAAACUCCUCCGUGCUGACUGACCCAGCUGCUCCAUGUCAGAGGCUGUUCAGCACCUCUGAGCAACCACUUCUGAAUCGAGGUGUCCUUCAAAGCCCUCCUGUCUACUUCAGUUCUGUAUCUUCAGCACCCCUGGCCACUUGUGGUGUUUCUACACAUCAUUCUUCAACAAUUGUCUGCACAUCUACUCAUGGGUUAAGUUGCAAUAUCUGGCUUUAUCACUGGUUAGUAAGGAGUGGAUCCCUUGCACCUUCCUCCACUGUUGUUCAGCCCAGUGAUUGAAUACACGGUUGACAAACAAAAUAAGAAUAACAGGAAACAAGUGUUACUUGUACUAAUGGAAUGAAAAGGGUUUAAAUAUAUAUAUAUCUAUAUUAUAGAUAUACAUAUGCAGAUAUAUAUAUGUAUAUAUAGAUAUAUAUGUAUGGAGUUACACCAACAAUAGGAGUGUUGUUCACUUAGACUUGGAUUGUACCCAACACCCCUCAGCAGUUCCCAGAGGGCCUGGCAGCAGCUCCCUCUGGUCACCACUCAUCCUCCACAAACUGGGCUUGCUUUCCUUUAAGAGACCAAGAGGAGCAUCAGGGGCAUCACACAGGGUGGCUCCACACCUUGCACCGUGCUCGGCUGCCACCUCUGGUUCAUCAUCCCCCCCAGGGAGCCCCUGAUUCAGUGCCAGGGCUGUGUUUGCACAGCAACUGUGUUCCCUGCAGCCAAACCACCUCCUCUGCCACGGGCACUCUGCAAUGCCAGCCAGGAGAGCCCCCCAGCCGAGCCCUGCAGCCCCAGCCGCCUGCUCCCCUCGGUGACGCCAGCUCGUUAUCCCACUGCAUCGAAACAUCUCGGUGCCAUUCGUCAAAAUGCUGGUUUUCAGGGCUGGGUGGGCUUUUGUGUUUAAUUUAUAAACAAACUGGAUUACUUUAACUUUAUUCAAACAUAGCUGAAGUUCUAAAUAAAUUUUCCAUACCAGACAAGCCAGUGGUCUCAGGGAAGAACAACAUUACAAACCAUAUUAUGACUCUAUCAAGCCAACAUUAAUUCUCAGUUGUUCACAUGCACAAACAACUCGAUUUACUGUCCAAGGGAAGUCUGCAUGAAAAACCCAUGUGAAUAAAGCUAUUCAAAAUGCACAAAACACAACAAAAAAAGCUAUGGAAACAAACAGAACGAAAAAGGAAUUAAGCUUGAAUCGCAAACACAGAAUGCAAUGGUAUCAUGAAGGUGGUUUGGUCCAGGAGAGCUGACUGCCAUCACGCACACGGACGCGAGGCCUCGUGGCUGUCUUCUACUGAAGUGCUUUUUGAAAUGCUUCUCGUGAUGCUACGUCAUUAGUGUUUCUUCCUAAUGCAUUGUAAAACCACCUAUGUACAAUUCUACAAACCAGGAACUCGGACAGUUUUAACAAAACCCUCCUAGCCAGCUGAAAGAUCUGAGGAUCUCCAGUUGUGGUAAUCAAUAUGUGCAAGGGAGGGGAACAGCCACUGCACCCAAAGGUCACUAGAACAUCAUCAAACAUGGAAAACCAAACCAAUCUAAUGAAAACUUUCAAUUUUGCUGGUUUCUCAGGACUAGGGAGAAAUGCUCCCUCCAAAGACAAGCUGUAGUAAUUAACCACAGCGCUGUGUAUCCAAGAGACCGGGUGUAACUCCAAGUAGCCAAGCACCACAUUACUCAGAUACCACAACCAACACCUGCACGAACAGCUGCCAGAGCUGGAAAAAAGGAAACAUUAUACAGCAAGUUGAUGGCAAGUUCAUUUUAGUCCUGUGUGCUUGUAAACCAGUUACACGCUGCCAGAGGGCAGUUAAAGUUUGAUGGCUGGUCCAUCAGAAUCCACAGUUAUAAUGCAUAUAAACAGGGGAAGAAAAGGGAACUGACUUUUUACUGGCACAUUAAAAGAAAUCAAUUCAUGUUAGUUUUAGAAAAAAAAUAAAAUUUAAAAAUCAGUGCUCUCAUCAAACAGAAGCAGCAAAGACCAAAGCUGUAAAUUUGAUGUAGUAUUAUCAUCAGGCAGCCUGUGACAGGUUUUGGUCAAGAAAGCAAUACCAUCCCCUAUAAGCCAAUUUAUUUUUGGGUUCUGAUUUAGCCAGUUAUCUUUCUGAUGCUUGUGACAUCUGAGCAAGAGCUGGCAGAAUGACUUGGUCCAUUCUACUGGACAAACAGAAAGACCAUUCCCUUUAGUAUUUUUUCUGGACCUUCAAACAUUGUAAACAUUUGAUUUCUGUAACAGAUUUCAGGAAAUACUCACAAUUUGAAGUUUCCAUAUCAGGUCAGCUGCAUUUCCACUCACCCAAACACACAGCGUUUUGCUGCUGACCCAAGAGCUGCUGUGACAGCACGUUAAAAAGCCUCUGUGUUUCCUUUAAGAAUGGUCACCCUAAGUCAGAUAACUCUUGGAUUUCUCCUCACGACAACAAACGUUAAAAAAUAGGAGAAACCCUUUGGAACUGAGGCAAAUAUUCUGAGGUGACCCUCUGUGACAGGCAGUGACUGUUCCCCUCCAGAACCUAGAGCAUGUGGUAUAUGGAGUGAGAGGUUACCAGUAUCAACGGCAUUUAUUGGCUGCUGAGAAAUGUGAGAUGUAUUUUUUUUUAUAUACACACAUAUAAAAAAAUAAGAGUGAGGUAGAUAAAUGUUUGAAAAAAAAAAAUCAAAAACUGUCCCCCUGUCAUACUCUAAAACCCUUAUCUCAGUAUUUAAAUUCAUUAUGGGGCAUCUCUACAGUGAUUUAAACUGAUAUCACAAAAUAAAUAAAAAAUCCUACAUAGAAUACCUUCUUAAUUAACUUUUUUGUCUUUUUCAUUUUCAAAAGGGAAAAAUAACUAUGGGACAGAGGCAAGAGAAGAUAAUGGGACCUAAACUACACAAGCAAAAAGCACUACAAACUUUUUAAAAUCUCCAGUCAAAACUAGCAACCAGUAUAUUUUAAUUCAUUGUUCUAACUCAAAAGAUUUGAACAUUUCCAUCCCAGAACCACCUCUUCCUGCCAUCGUUUGGUUGGAUCAGUGCUAAACAAAGGCCUAGACUGGAACUAAGGUAAGAUGAGCAACUGGUAAGACUCCUUGGGUGUCGGCUUCCUGACGGCCCCUCCUUCCCCUCGCACCAAGGCUUCUGCAACUGAACAAACAAGCUCACUCGUCUUUUGUUCUGAGGUUUGGUCUGUGAUUUAAGCCACAAGCUUGGACUUGUACAGGUUUCCAUAGCUGCCAACACUUCACUGUUUGCCAGCCAAGCCGCUGGCCCCAGCUCUGAGCUUCCCACCAGCCCCACGGAAACAGCGCGGGGGCUUCCCUUUGGUUGGGGGGGUUUUCUUCACUGGGGGUGGGAAGUGCAGCUCAGGUGCCCUCCACGAGGGCUCCCCUCCACGAGGGCUCCCCUCCACAAGAGCUUCCCCAUCAGGAAGGUGAAGAGCUGGGGCUGGCUGGAGCCAGGUGAUUGAUGGCCACCCUAGGAAUGCGUGGCAUCCCCAGCUGCACCUGGCACAGCUCUUGUCCACAGGGUGAAAGUGUUAAAAGAACUUUUUAAGGAUCAGUGACCCAAAAGCCUGGUGUCUGCUGUUGUACCCAACUAAUAAUUUAAAAAGAAUACAUGUAUGUGUGUGUGUGUCUGUGUGGGAUGGGCGGGUGGAUGUGUGCCACGACCAGAACGAGCGGGGAGGGCAGGAGGGGUAGGACCCUUGUACAACAAUGAAUAUAAACACUGAACAAGAAUGUACUAAAUAGUUAACCUUUUGUUUCUGACCUGAGUUUGUAUCACGCCUUGCACUGUAAGAGACUUGUGUGCUGUCUGGGCAGAGGUUAGUGGGAAGGAAGGAAAACUGGGGCUUAAAAACACCGCACCACAGCACUGCCAGAGUAUUCCUGUGCAGGGUGUCCCUUCUUUCUCCUUGUCCCCCUCCAAAACCCUGUAACCCACACAGGCAAGAUGUUGUAAAACAACUAAUGGGAAGGAGAGGAAAAAAAAAAAA